UCUGAAUGUCUGGUGAUGACUGAGUGGAUCCCCGAUGCUGCAUCCAUACACACUUAAAGACUGAAAACUAUCCUGAGGGUAAAGUAAGCAAUCAACAACACUUGUCUAAAAAGAGAAAGCAAGAGAAAACAAUGGUGAGUCUGGAAACGAAUUCAACCGACUGUCUUCCAAUUGAUGACUACAUAAAGACUUAUUAUCUGCCAGUGAUGUACAGCAUCAUUUCUGUAGUUGGACUUGUGGGAAACUUCCUGGUGAUCAUCAUUUACCUGGCAAAACUCAGGCCUUGGAAGAGCAGCAGCAUUAUAAUAGUGAACCUAGCAGUAGCUGAUCUGCUGUAUGCGUUGAGUUUACCUGUGCUGGUCAAGUUUUAUGUUACCAGAAACUGGACCCUGGGAGAGAUAAUGUGCCGUUUCAUCCGCUUCUGCUUUCACUACAACCUCUACGGCAGUAUCCUCUUCCUAACCUGCCUCAGCAUCUUCCGUUACGUCGCAGUGGUGCACCCGCUGAAGGCUGCUGAGAUCCGGAGGAAAAGAUGGGCCAUCCUGGCUUGUCUGGCAGUCUGGGCCAUUUCCUUGGUGGAGAUCGGCCCGAUGCUGGGGAUGAUUACUGUACAGCAGAAGGACAACAUGACAAAAUGCCUAGACUUCGCCAGUAAUGAUCCACAGGUGGUGUGGUGGUACAGUUGGAUACUCACAGUGUUUGGAUAUGUGUUGCCAUUGCUGGUGGUGUGCUGGAGCUACACUCACAUUGCAGGCUCUCUGGGCAGCAGCAUAUCCAGAAACAGGCCAAGUCGUUCCCGAGUUCGCAUGCUGUCCAUUCUGAUUCUGGUCGUGUUUGUGCUGUGCUUCUUCCCAUACCAUAUCAUGCGUUUACUGAGGGUGGAUAGCCUGCGCAGACCUGGCGUGUCAUGCAUGCAGAGGAGAGCCAUCCAUGCAGCAUACAUAUUGUCACGACCCCUGGCUGGCCUCAACACUUUCUUCAACCUAGCACUGUAUACACUGGCAGGAGACAAGUUUCAGCAGGCUUUUUGGAGCUUUGUGCACAGGAAGGAGAGCACAAGCAGCACUAUAUCUGUAAUCCACUCUCCAAACAACAUGCCAAAGACCUGAGGAUCUGAUGUAAAGUGUGUGCAUACUGCAUAUGUACUGUUUAUAGACACUAUAAAGACAUUUGGGGUUGGUAAGAUUUUUUGAAUGGAUUUUGAAUGAAGCCUCUUAUGCUCACCAAGGCUGCAUUUAUUUGAUAAAAAUAUAUAUUAAAAAAAGGAAUAUUGUGCAAUUUUUUAACUUUUUGUUAGUUUCUUUGAAUAUAUUUUAAAAUGUAAUUUAUUCCCUUCAUGGCAAAGCUGAAUUCCAGUCACAGGAUGUUUUAAUAAUACCUUUAAUAUGCUUAUUUUGAAACAUUAUUCUAAUUACCAGUGGUGAAGACACAUGUUCUAGUUUGUAUUUGUGUGAAAACAAUGAUAGAUUUUUUUUUUCAAGAUUACAUGAUGAAUAGAAAGUCCAAAAGAACAACAUUUAUUUUAAAACUAAAUGUUAUAACGAUAAUGAUAUAAUGAUGUUUGUAACAUUAUAAAUGUCUUUACUGUCACUUUUAAUCAAUUUAAUGCAUCCUUGCUGGGGAAAAAAAGGCUUAAUUUUUUUUUUAAGAAAAAUCUUAAUGACCCCAAACUUUGAACAGUUGUGUAUAUAUGUAUAUUAAUACUGGUGUCAUUUUACGGACUUGUACAAAAUGUAAAAUAGUGGGUAAUAGCAUUUUAACUACUGUAUUCUGUAUUACUGCUGCUUUGUUCUGUACUGUGAACAUUAUAAAAACUUAACAUUAUAAAAUUUAAA